AUUAGAUUAUUUUUAAUAUUUGAAAUCCUUAGUUAAUUAAGAUGCAAAAUUCAGUCUUCAACUUUGAUUUUUGGAUUUAAAAUAGUACAUUCUAUAAUUGUGAGUUUUAUAUACAGAGACACAAUGUGAAUUAAGUUCUCAAUUCAAGUUAGUGUAUUUAAAGUUCAUCAUGGCGGCACCAGCAAGUGCUGUUUGGAAGCUUGAAGACGAUAGCACCUUUGCUGUGAACUGUUUUCCAGCAAGAGGGAUAUCAAGAAUUACACACGAGGGAACUGGUUCAUGGAUUGUAGCAUAUGCUCAUGAACAAAGUCGCAAAUUCAAACCGAAACCCCCAAAAAAAGAUGUUAGCCAAAUUCAACAACAGAAUUACAUUGAUGAACAUGGUGAUGAAAAAGCAUCACUUGCAGCACCAGGCAAAAGAUCCGAGUUUGUCAACAAUCUUACUACAGAAUUUUUGUUAAGACAUCACCAUCUUGAUUCUAUCAAUGAUUUGUGCAGUGUUAAUAUCAGUGACUGUGAUUUGGAAUUUGACGAGACCUCAGAUUUCUCAAAGUUUAAAAAUGUUGCUUAUGUUAAUGCAGCUGAAAAUCUUCUCACUGUGCGACCUUUUUCAACUUUCCCAAAUUUGAGAGAAUUAGAAAUGCCAGUAAAUGGUGUGCGAAACAUUGGUAUACAACCUGGUGACUUUGCCACUUUACAAGUAUUAGACUUGUCCUAUAAUAAUCUAAGUGCCAGUGAUAUGCUUUCACUUGGAUAUUUACCUAAACUCAAAGUACUAACAUUGACCGGAAAUGGACUGUCACAAAUUCAUCCAGACCUUUGUCAGCCUUUUUCUCUCGAUGAAGAUAGUGAUGAAACAUAUACUCGUUUUCAAAGCCUUGAAGUUCUUAUGUUAGAUGACAAUCGAUUGCAUGAUAUGUCAACAUUUGCGGCCCUUGCAGCACUGCCUAGUUUGAGAGAGCUCAAUCUUGAUAAAAACGAAAUAACUCUUGUGCCUUAUCUUAAAGUAGUUGGAGAGAGGGUGCUAUCAGCAGCUCAUUCCCAUUCGCAAUCAAGACCCACGAGUGUGAAAUUGAGUAAUCACUCUAGGCCUUCAAGUAAAAGUGUUAAAAAUAAAUCACAAAUUUCCAAUGAAACAAUAUCAGGAAUUAUUAAGCCUUUAGGGUUGGAUGAAGAGACUUCAGAAAAGAAAGAAGAUUUAUCUGAGAAACUGCAAAUUGUUGAUGACAAGGAUACUGCCGCAACAACAGAUAUUUCAUCUUAUAACAAUACAUCGUCUUCUACUCCGCCGUUUCAACAUCUUCGUAUUUUAAGUCUUGCGAAUAAUAAAAUCUCAGAAGAAGAACAUCUUCUUGCUAUUGCGGCAUGGCCAGCACUACAAGCUCUUGUAUUACAUGGAAAUCCAUUGAUAAACAAUAGCAAAGGUGAACCACCUCUUCUAUCACAUUACUUACACAAUAGGCUUGGUAUAAGUAUCAUGAGAUUCAAACCCAGGGCCCCUGUAAUGAAACCAGCAUUGAGAGUUCCUGAUCAUGAUAGGCGUAGAGUUUCUUCUCGUGUACCUAAAAUCAUGAAACAACCGUUUGAUGUGAUGUUAGAAGAGUUUCGAAAACCAGCAAUUGGACAUGUUCCUCGUCCACCUGUUAUAGACAAAAAUCCUGAUCCGGUACAACGGGAAAAUUUUGCUGAUAAGUGUCAUUUGCCAAAUAAAGAAUCUGAUCAAGACAACGUUUUCCUUACACAAGUACAAGAUGAGUAUGGAGAAGAGGUUUGUGAAGAUAAGCAGACUAUAAAGACAACAGAAAAAUCGAAUUCAGUUACAGAAAAGCCAAUUGUUAAAACAGAGUCUCAAAUUAUGAAGGAGUUUUUACAGGAUGCAAAACCUGACCCAGAUAUCCAUGAAAAUCUCUCGAUUCAGGGUAAUGUAAAAAUGCUCAGGCAAAUCCUCCAUCACCCACUGGCAGUUACAUCCGUAACAGCACCUCCUGAAGCACGGCUGCGAAAAUUUAAAUAUCAAGACAAUUCAAUCGUAACAGUAGAGAGACUAAAACAUGACGUGAGGUCACGACCAAAACCCAACUCCAAACUCAACAAAUCUAAAAAAUUGAACGAUGCAUUAUCUAGGAUGAGAGAUAGACCUGCUGCUGCAAUGGAACUUCCACUUAUUACUGCAUUAAAUGAUAAAACGGAUAAGACUUUACAGCUUGAAGCAGAUAGCCUUUUGAAUGAGAUUGAAAAGAAAUACAGAGUCGUGAGAGAAGAGUCGCUGAAAGCAUCAAGGCAAGCUCAGCGUGCUUUGGAACAGACAAAGCAGGAAGUUGCAAAUUUACAAAACACAAUUCUUAAUAAAUAAACUACAUUUAGGUUGUCGAAAAAAUCCAUUUUAUAUGAAAUAAUUGUUAUUAAAAAGGUUCUAUAUUGAAGAAUUCAACAUAUAACAACUAAAACUAUUUUUUUUCUAUAAAAUUUGCCAUUUCCAUAGUGAAUUCCUAACGUAUGUCGAAAUUCAGGUUUGUAACAUACUUUUUCCAUCUUGAAUCUUCAAAAUUAAAAUUAAUUGGAGGAUUAAAUUUUAGAAUACUGGACUAUUCUAGAAUUUCUAAUUAGCCUACAUGAGAAUAAUUUUUACAAAAGUGUUUUUUAUAUAUUUUUUAGUUACAACGAAUUGUUUGAACUAAUAUUCCAUUUUAAGUUAUAUGAAAUAAAAUUUUGGAUAUAUCACAGUAUUACUGGUUAUUAUAUAAACAUGAAAUAUUGUUAUAUGGGAAGAAUUGUAAAAAUACCAUAACCUAAAAAUUUUUGAUGUUUAACGAAACACGUUUACUGGAAAUUCAAUUUUGAUAAAUUACAUCAAAAAACGUCCUAAUUUUCCUCCAACCUAAUUUAUUAAACAGCACCCUCCUAUUUCUUCUUAUUUUUUAUUUACAAUUAAUUGAUCAGAAAUAUUGUAUUCUGAAUGUGUGUAUGCAUCUGGUUUAAAAUGUGAAAAAUAAUAGUUGAAUAAAUAAAUAUAUUAUA